UUAUUAACUUGCCCACUCAGCAUUGACAACGUUCCACUUUCAAACGCUCUGCUGCAAUGAGGAAGACGUCGUACGCGGCGACCUUCGUAGCUGUUAUUAUUAUUCCUUGUCAUCGGGUUUCCCAGAACAUAUUGUCUGCCCGUCUCCCGGACUGGCUUAUUGCUAAAUAUGACAUCAUGAACGUCCAAGUCACUGUUCGCUAUGGGUUGAUGGAACGAUGCGAGCGUUCCUGUGGACAUCUGGAGUACACCGACUAUGAAUGCCGUCCGUUUCCGCUUAGCGUGAAGGAUAAAUGUGAUGGCGAAAACCGCAUGUUCUGUGCUCUGUGGACCUCAGCUCAAUACUUCACCGAGCUUGGCAUCGGUUUUGCAGCGAUGGGUCUGGUGGCGUUGCUCAUUGGCGUAAGCACGCACUCCAGGAGGAGAAGGGUUUGGAGAGCUGUGGCUGGACUAGUUAUACUACAUGCUGUGUUUCAACUUGUAACGUUUAUCCUUGUCACCGAGCUAUACCGCAAGGAGCGUUUCCCAGCCUUUGAACACGCCAGACCCGGUGUUGGCUACGUCUUAAACGCCGUUUCUUGGGUGUCUGGUUUUGCCGUGGGGGCUGGCGUCAUUGUAACUGGUGUAGCUGCAGACCGCGGCCAUAAGUGGGCUGCUGGCAACAGAGCAUACCGACCCAUUGAAGGUUGCUGAAAUAUAGUGUAGAUACAAAAUUCAUUUUCUCUCCGCGAGUCACGCUUGGAAUAUGACAGGGCUCCGUUUCAAUCCUGCUUGUACCAUAUCUUAGAUACCCUUACACUUACUGUAUGCGCGGUUUUUUCAACUUUGUGGACAUUCAAAUAUUCACCUCACACGUAUUCGUCAAGACAUGGU